AUGAGAAACUAAGUUGACAUGAAUGAAAAUCUACCUUUUACUUACAGAUUAUAUGCUAAGUCUUUUAGUUUAUUAUAAUACUAUGUGAGGUGGAAUAUGAUAAAGUGGUGUAAGAAAUUGUAGAAUUAAGGUUUGAAUUGUUAUAAGUUGUUUGAGUGAGAAAAUUAUUAUAAGGGAUAGAGAGAGUGAUUGAGUGAGUUAUGCUAUACUACAUAUUAUGAUGAUGAAUAAUAAGACAUCAUCUGUUGCUGACCGUUUUACUGAAACUCUGUUUUCUUGGUCUCUUGAAGAUGUUUUCGAUGAAGAGCUUUUCAUCAACAAGAUUGAAAAGAUUCCCAACUCAUUUCGAUCAGUUGACCAUUAUUUGGGGUCUUAUGUUAAUCCUUUAUUGGAAGAAACAAGAGCUGAAUUGCACUCAAGCAUGGAAGUUCUAUAUGGAGCGCCUUUCACUGAAGUAAACGAUUUCCAAGAAGAAGUUAAUCCAUAUGGUAACAAGAACUAUAUAGUUCAAGUUAGUGAUUGGAGAAACAAACACAGUAAAAAUGGCAAGGAGCCUUACAAAGCUUUGCCUGGAGAUUUUUUUGUUUUGGCAAAUGUUAAGCCAAAAACUGUCUGUGAUCUCCAAAUGGUAGACAGAUCAUGGGCUUUUCUAUCACUCAUUAAUCUCAUUGGGAAUGGCGGUAAGACAUUCAUAGUGAAGGCAUCAAAAGAGCUCACAUAUUACUUUCAGAAGCCAUUGUUCAUCAUUUUCUUGGCAAAUUUAACCCCUCUCAGGAGAAUAUGGGAAGCAUUGCACAUGUCAACCAAUCUGGGGUUUCUAAAUAAAGUUAUAUGCAUUGAUUAUUCAGAGGCCAAGAGUAAGAAGAGGUGGUGUGAUGUUUGUUCCAAAAUCAGUAAUGGACUAUGGGGUGACAGAUUGGUUAAGAAGUUACCUUUUCAACUGAAUGAGUCUCAGACCAAAGCACUUGUUUCUUGUCUUCAUAUGAUGGACUGUGGGACAAAAUCUUCUUUGGAACUUAUAUGGGGUCCCCCGGGGACAGGGAAAACUAAAACUACCAGUGCUCUUCUUGUCGAGCUAUUGGGAAUGAACUAUACAACUCUUGUUUGUGCUCCCACGAAUAUUGCAAUUACUAAGGUGGCUUCUGGUGUUCUGAAGAUGGUGUUAGUAGAUACAUAUGGUACUGAUGGUUUGUUCUAUUCAUUGGGAAAUAUUCUUCUUUUCGGUACUAAGGAGAGGCUGAACAUUGACUCAGAUCUUCAAAUUAUAUAUCUGGAUGAUCGAGUUGAGAAGCUUGAAAAGUGCUUCGGUUUAGGUGGUUGGAGAUUUUGCUUGACUUCUAUGAUAGAUCUUCUUGAAAAUUCUGAUCUCUGUUACCAUGAUAUGCUGGAAAUGAGUGAGUCAAGCAUGGAGAAAGAAGAAAAGAGACACAUAAUAAAAGUAAAUGGUUGUGAAGUUGUGAAGAAAAACGUUCCAACAUUUCUUGGGUAUGUGAGAGAAGAAUUUAACAUGAAAUUUUCAGAACUUAAGGAGUACUUGUCUAUCAUCUGUACACAUACAACGAAAAGUUACAUUUCGGAAAAACUAUUUGAAGAUAUGGUCUCCCUUAUUAGCUCACUCGUUUCUUUUCAAUCGUUACUAUGCCAAGAGAAUAUGGUUUCUGAAGUAGUGGAGAUGAUAUUUUCUUCUGAAUAUAUUUUUCAUUCAUGUGUUGAUGAUAUCUCCUUGAGUCCCAAUAUGAAAAGAAAGGAAUGUGUUUCAAGUAUGAGAUCUCUUCUUUAUUCCCUUGACAUGCUUGACUAUUCUUGGUUUAAGAACCAGAAAACAAUUACACAAUUUUGUUGGGAAAAUGCUUCACUAAUUCUCUGUACUGUAUCGAGUUCUUACAAGCUACUUAGAUUGAAAAUUAGGCCAAGAAUUUUGGUUAUUGAUGAAGCUGCUCAACUGAAGGAGUGUGAAUCAAUCAUACCUCUUCAACUUCCAGGAGUAGAGCAUGCUAUUCUUGUUGGUGAUGAAUGGCAAUUACCAGCAACUGUCAAAAGCAAAGUUUCAGAGGAAGCUAGCUUCGGAAGAAGUUUGUUUGAAAGGCUGAGUUCAGAAAAUCAUCCAAGGCACCUCCUAAGUAUGCAAUACAGGAUGCAUCCAUCUAUAAGCUCUUUCCCAAAUUCUCUAUUCUAUCGUAGCCAAAUACUUGAUGCUGCUAUUGUUAAGAUGAAAAGCUAUGAAAGGAGUUAUCUUCCAGGUCCAAUGUUUGGUCCAUAUUCUUUUAUAAAUAUAAUUGGUGGAAGAGAGCAUAAGGAUGAUGAUGAGCGUAGUCGAAAAAAUUUGGUUGAGGUAGCUGUUAUCAUGAGAAUACUACAAAAAUUGUACCAAGCCUGGGUUGAGUCAAAAUAUGAGCUUAGUGUUGGUAUUGUGUCUCCAUAUGCUGCUCAAGUGGUUGAAAUUCAAACCCAACUUAGGUUUAGGUACAAUGAAAAGAAUGGCUUUCAAGUAAAGGUGAAGACAAUUGAUGGCUUUCAGGGUGGGGAAGAGGACAUAAUAAUAAUGUCUACUGUACGCUGCAGUGGUUCUCAUCAUUCACUGGAUUUCAUAUCCAAACCACAAAGAAUUAAUGUUGCUCUAACAAGGGCUAGGCACUGCCUCUGGAUAUUGGGUGAGGAAAGAACUCUGGUUAAGAGUCUUACUGUUUGGACACCUAUUGUCAUUGAUGCAAAAAAUAGAAAAUGCUUCUUUAAUGCUGACAGAGAUGAUGAUUUGGCCAAGGCUAUAACAGAGGUCAAGAAAGAGUCCGGUCAAUUUGAUGAUAUGAUCCAUAAUGAUGGUAUACUUUUCAAGCGUUCAAAGUGGAAGGUUUUUUUCAGUGAAAACUUUCUAAAGUCGUUCAAAAACCUUGAAGUAGUUGAAGCAAGGAAACAAGUUAUUAAACUUUUACUUAAGCUUUCUGAUGGCUGGAGACCAAGGGGGCCUAGCGUCUCAGUCUGUGAAAACUCUUUGCAGAUUAUGAGUUAUAAGGUUGAAGGUUUUUAUGUUGUCAGUACUGUUGACAUAGCAAAAGAGCAUUCAGAAUAUAUACAAGUUUUGAAGAUCUGGGAUUUGUUGCCUUAUCAAGAAAUUCCAAGGUUAAAAAACCAGCUUGAUAUUGUUUUUGACAAGUACACAGAAGAAUUCAUCAACAAUUGCAAUGAAAGGUGCUUGGAAGGAAAAUUGGAAAUCCCAAAGAGUUGGCCGCUCUCUUCGAACAUUGGUUGGUUUGAGGAUCUCCAUAUGAUGCCAAUGAAAUUCUACUCCCUAUCAAAUUGUGUAGUGAAUCACAUGCUAUCUGAUCGAGAUGGUAGAGAACUGGAUCUCCCUUUUGAAGUACCAGACCAAGAAAGAGAGACCAUCCUUUUCCCUACAAGUACAUUUGUAUUGGGAAGGUCAGGUACUGGGAAAACUACUGUUUUAUCCAUGAAGUUGUUCCAAAAAGAAUAUAUGCAUCGCCUGAAAAUGGAAGGACUCUAUGGAGCCAAGAGAAAUGGGAUUGGAACUGUUGAUACAAAGAAUGUUGUUUUACGCCAGCUUUUUGUGACAGCAACUCAUAAGCUUUGUGAUAAUGUCAAGCAAUACAUUUCAUACUGGAGAAGUGGUAGUCAUUCAGUUGAAAGCGGUCUGAUUCAUGAAAAUAAUAAUGAUAAUGAAGAUUCAAGAUUCAACAACAUCCCAGACUCCUUUCACGACAUUCCCCCUAAUUCGUAUCCUCUUGCCAUAACAUUCCAUAAGUUCUUGAUGAUGCUUGACGGAACACUGAAAACAUCUUAUUUCCAAAGAUUCCUUGGUAUCGAUGAAGUUUCUCAAAGUCAAAUACCCAAUUCAAGAUCACAUAUAUACUAUUCCUUCUUAAGCACCAAAGAAGUUGAUUAUACGAGAUUUUGUUCACAAUACUGGCCUUGUUUUGAUUCCCAAAUAACGAAAAAUCUCAACCCUUCUUGUGUCUUUACUCAGAUAGUUUCUCAAAUCAAAGGCAGCCCACAAGCCCUGGAAACAAAAUAUGGUAAACUCACAAGGAAGAGAUAUGUUAGGUUGUCAAAGGGGUGUGGAUCUAGUCGUUUAAGGAGGAAAGAAAGAGAGAUUAUAUAUGAUAUAUUCCAGGUAUAUGAAAAACUCAAGUUGGAAAGUGGUGAAUUUGAUAUGGCUGACUUUGUAAAUGAUCUUCAUUUUCGACUCAGACAAGAAGGAUAUGGUGGUGAUCAAAUGAAUUUUGUCUAUGUAGAUGAUGUGCAAGAUCUCACAGUGAGUCAAGUUGCUUUGUUUAAGUAUGUAUGCAGUAACUUGGAAGAGGGUUUUGUUUUUUCUGGAGAUGUUGUAAGACCAAAUGCUGGGGGCAUUGAUUGUAGGAUUCAAGAUCUACGUUCUAUUUUUUAUAACAAGUUUGUUUUGAAUCCCAUGAUGAACAUGAAAGGAAAAGUGGGACAUAUCACCAAUAUGUUCAGUUUGAGUCAAAACUUUCGUAGCCAUGCUCGCAUUCUAAAACUAUCACAAAGUAUUAUUGAACUGAUAUAUCAUUUCUUUCCUCUGUCAAUUGAUAUUAUUGAACCUGAAACCUCUAUGGUCCCUGGUGAAGCUCCAAUUAUAGUUCAAUACAAGAAGAAUGAAAACGCAAUCAUAGAACUUUUUGGGAGAUGUGACAACAACUCGAGCAGAAAUGCCAUUAGUUUUGGUGCGGAGCAGGUAAUUUUGGUCAGAGAUGAAACAUCACGACAAAGCAUAAAGGACAUUGUUGGAAAGCAAGCCCUUAUCUUAACCAUACUUGAGUGCAAAGACUUGGAGUUUCAGGAUGUGCUGCUGUAUAACUUUUUUGGAUCUUCCCCGUUGAGAAAGCAGUGGAGGCUUAUAUAUAAAUAUAUGGAUGAGCAAGAUCUGUUUGACUCCACGUCUCCACAGUUUCAUCUUUUCAACGAUAGCAAAGAUAGGAUUUUGUUGGCUGAGCUAAAACAAUUACAUGUUGCCAUUGCAUGUACAAAGAAGAGAUUGUGGAUUUGUGAUACCACUGAAUUCUCCAAACCUAUGUUUGAGUAUUGGAUGAAGAAGUGCCUUGUACAAGUUCAACAACUAGAUGAUUCACUUGCUCUAUCAAUGCAAGUCUCAAGCAGUCCACAUGAGUGGAAAUCGAGGGGUGUAAAGCUAUAUUAUGCGCAUAACUAUGAAAUGGCUACAAUUUGCUUUGAAAAAUCUCAUGACACAUCUUGGGAAAUGAAGUCUAAAGCUGCUAGCCUUCAAGCUAUGGCUGACCACAUGCUUACUUCCAAUCCUGAAGUAAUAAGCUCUUUCUUAAGAAAAGCUGCCAAGAUAUUCAAAACUAUGGGGAAAUUUGAUUCUGCAAUGAGUUGUUAUAGAAAUUUAGGAGACAAUGAGGAAAUAGGUUUGAUUUAUUUGGAAAAUUUUGGUGAGUUUGAGUCUGGGUUGCAGAGAGCUGGGGAGUGCUUCUCCCUGGCAGGUGAUUAUCAGAAAGCUGCUAAUGCCUAUGCUAAAGGCAAUUUGUUCUCAGAGUGUCUAAAUGUUUGUGCCAAAGGACUCUUAUUUGACACAGGUUUGGCAUAUAUACAAUCCUGGACACUACAAGCAAAAGAAGACUCUAUUGUGAUGAGUGGUAAAGGCACAGAAAUAGAAAAAAUUGGACAAGAAUUCCUGGAGAGGUGUGCUCUACAUUAUUACAAGCUUGAAAAUAUAAAAUCUAUGAUGAGGUUUGUUGAAGCUUUUUAUUCAUUGGAUUCAAUACGUAAAUUCUUGCGGUUGUUGGGUUGUUUUGAUGAGCUUAUGUCAUUGGAAGAAAAAUUAGGAAAUUUUGUGGAAGCUGUAGACAUUGCAAGGCUCAGAGGAGAUAUACUAGUUGUGAUAGAUUUACUUGAGAAGGCUGGGAAAUUUAAGGAAGCAGCAACGCUUAUUCUUGCUUAUGUUCUUUCCAACUCACUCUGGUCAUCUGGUAAAAUAGGCUGGCCCUUAAAGUGUUUUAAACAAAAUGAUAAUCUUCUAACAAAAGCCAUAUCAUUUGCCAAGAAUGAGACGAAAGACUUCUAUGAUUUUGUUUGCACAGAAGCUGAAAUUAUUACAAAUAAGAAGAGUGACCUGGCAGUGAUGAAAAAUGAAAUGAUUUCUUCUCAAUGACACAAGAGUGUUAGAGGUGAAAUCCUAUGUGUUUGGAGAGUUGUUGAUGCUCAUCUUGAUUCAAAUCUUACAGA